AGGGCCUUGGUUGGUGGUGCAAGGCAUAAAGAGGAGAAUUGGUGGGGAUAGGCGAAGGAGGUGGCGACUGAGUAGUGAAUAGGGUUUUUGAUUGAUUGAUAGCAAUAAUUGGUGUUAGCGAAGCUUGAGAAUUGAGAUUUAUGGGUCGCAAUCGCAGUCGCAGUCGCAGUGUGUCACGCUCUCCUUCCAAUUCCCGCAGAAGAAGGUACUCUCCAUCCCCUGUUUCUCAUCGCCACUCGAGAACUUCCAGGCGCCGCUCUCCUUCCCACAAGCGCCGUCGAAGGCACAGAACCUCUUCCUCCCCCUCUCUUUCACGCAGCCCCACUCCCAAACCCAAGAAAGAUCAAAACAAAAGCAAGCGUCAACACGAGGAAGAGUUGAAACUAUUGGAAGAAGAGACUGCAAGAAGACUGGAAGAAGCAAUUCGAAAAAAUGUUGAGGAGAAGCUUAACACAGAGGAAGUCAAGUUAGAAAUAGAAAAGCGCGUAGCAGAGGGAGUGAAGAAAUUGUUUGAUGAUGUUGAAGCUCAACUUGAAAAAGAAAAGGAAGAUGCUCUUACUGAAGCUAGAAGGAAGGAAGAACAAGCCCGUAAAGAAAGAGAAGAGCUGGACAAGAUGCUUGAAGAGAAUAGGAGGAGAGUGGAAGAAUCUCAGAGAAGAGAAGCUCUAGAGCAGCAAAGAAAGGAGGAGGAACGACAAAGGGAAUUGGAGAUGAUUCAGAGACAAAAAGAAGAGGCUGCUCGGAGAAAGAAGCUGGAGGAGGAAGAAGAACAUGCAAAUCGAAUUAAUUCUUUGGGUAAGAACAAAUCUAGGCCUAAAUCUUAUGGUUUCUAAUUACUACUAUAUGUGAUAUCAUUUUGUACCCCAAAUUAUUUGUACCCUUUAUGUGGAACAAUGAUCUUGAAUGAAAGAUUUGAUACUCCUAUGUUUGAGCUUGCAACCUACUUUAUUAAAAGAUCUAAGAAAAUCGAAAAUGUUAUUUUAUCUUCAA